AUGGACAUGGGCAGAGAGCGCCUCAGCCUGGGACUGCUGCUGCGUUUGAGCAUUCUGCUCACUGCUGUGUGUGUGUGCAUCCACGUUUACCUGGAGACAGGUUGGCAGGGCUUCCAGACACCGCCAGGACGUCCUCCUCAAUCUAAGCAGAACUCAGGCCAACAGAGCAGAAGGGGGCAAGUUUCUGCAGAGUCAGAGGAGCAGAGCAUUAAAAGGAGAAUCUCUUAUGUUCACAUGCUGAAGAAGGACAGAGUAUCCAGGAAGAGGGACGAGGACAGAGAGGACAGAGAGGAUAGAGAGGACAGAGAGGACAGAGAGGACCCCUCACCGGCUCUCCGUCCACACAGAAAGACUCCUCGGUGGCACAUCGACCUGCAGCCCUGGGCCGGGGAGAGUCGCUCUCUGGAGGACGAAGCCAAAAGGUUCCUCAGUUACAUCACAACCCCACAGGUGUUCUGUGCAUCAUCACCUGGUGAGGAAGAAGCUGUCCAGGGAGGAUCCACCAGUGACUGGACUGUGUGCCUGGACCCCCAGUACAGUCUGUCCCACCGCAUACAGAGCAAACACUGCAGGGUGUACUCCUUUGGGUUGGGGGUGGACGACCGGUCCCUGGAGCGUUCCCUCUCCAGGUCAGGCUGUGAGGUCCACUGCUUCGAUCCCAGCCUGAAGCAGCCUCACCUGCAGCAAACUGAGAUGUGGCUCCACCGGCUCUCCGUAGACUGGAGGGAUCCCAACCCAGCCGUCGUGGCCCAGCGUCAGUACGCCAGCACCAAGAAACUAGCCACCAUCCUCAACGACUUCGGACACAGGGAGGUGGAUGUGCUGAAAGCAGAUAUGGAGAGUGCUGAGUGGAAGAUUUUAGAGAACUUGGUCCUUGAGGGAGUCCUGGAUUCAGUGGGUCAGCUGCUGUUGGAGAUCCACCUGCACUGGGCUGGCUUCGAGGUGGGCGGCGACGACCCGUCAGUGGUGCGAUACUGGUUCAGCCUGCUCAAGGAGCUCGAACACGCCAACUUCCAGCUCUUCCACGUGCACAGUGACCCAAACAAACCUCACCUCUUUCUGCAUAAGAAUGUCUUCAACGCCAGCAGUGCUUACACCUUGAGCUGGGUGAACACUCAGUGGAAACCAAGUAGAAAUCAAAAUUAACUGUUAUCUCCACUAGAAUAGCCUGUAAAUGGACACAUGAAAGGUUGUGGAAUUUGAGCACAAAUUCCUUCUAGAGCACGGCUGCCCUCCAACCGACCGCUGUUGUCCAUCCAUCCUCUAAACACCACUUAAUCCACAUCCAGGUCCCAGCUGCCUUAUGGCACUUUUCCACCAGCACCUACUCGGCUCGACUCUACUCGGGUUGUGAGGUUUUCCAUUAGGACGUAGUUCCUGGUACCAGGUACUGUUUUAGUACCUACUCGGCCGGGGUUCCAGCAAGAUGAGUCGAGUCGAUAAUGUGACGUCUACAGAGUGCAGGCCACUGAUUGGACAGAGAGUGACGACACACGAGAGCAACUCCUUCACGAAAACCCAACCUCGCAUUUUUUUAAAAAAAACUGCUAACAGCGACGGUACGCAUUUACUCUGAAUCUGACAAAAAGCCACAGACCGAGCAGGAGGUGUAGCAUCGCCUCGAUGUCCUCCAUUGUUGUGUUGCGUUUGUGUCGCACACAAAUGACGUUAAGGGACUUCCAGGCCGCCGUGCUAUGACGACUCCACCCACAAUGAUGAGGUACUCAACUGUAAUGGCAAACGACCUAAACUGAGUCGAGCCAAGUAGGUGCUAGCGGAAAAGCACCUUUAGGGUGAAGGCAGGAAACCCCCUGUCUCUAUAUGUAGCCCUGUGAUAGACUGGUGACCUGUCCAGGGUGUCUCCUGCCUUCGCCCUAAAGGCUGGGCUAUGCUAUCCACACAAACGUGACGUGUGGAAAUGAGACGCUUGGAAAUCCACUCAAGAGAACAUGUGGCUUUAUACUCCAUGCUUCGUCUGCUCCCAAACUGCAGGGGGCAGUGUUUCGCAAACACACGUCUACCUAGUCUACUCUUGUACUAGAGUAGAAGUUGUUUGCCAUUGUUUACACCAUUACAACAUGGCAUUUUACCAAAUAGUUGCAUUUCAGCAGUUAGUUUUAAUUUCACGCCAUGAAUUGUCCAUAACCCAGUUACCACAGUGAUCUCUGUGUAAUGAAUCAUACGAAUGCCUGUAUUUAUGAACUUCUGAUGCUAGGAGCUCCUGUUGUUCUGCCAGUUUUCCAUGUGUCUCUGUCCACACUGUUAGAAAAAUUUGGAGGUGCACAACACGGGAGUUUUCCCCUUGAGAAGGGGCGUGUGAGGGGGUGUGGCUGCUAAAAUGAUGUAAUUCAUCCGCACAGAGUCGCAUGGACCUCGCGGAUGCAUCAAGCAAGCUUAAGUUAGCUGGGACUGAUAACCCUAAUGAGGAUAAAGCGGUGUAUAGAUAAUGGAUGGAUGCUUUUGGACUGUGGGAGGAAGCCGGAGUAUCCAGAGAAAAUCCACACAUGCACCAGGAGAACAUGCAAACUCCAUGCAGAAAGAUGCCAGGAAGACCAGGAUGUGAACCGGGGAUCUUGUAGCUGCAAGGCGACAGUGGUAACCACCAAGCCACUGCAGCCCCGCCGUCAUCUAGCGUGAGCUUUUUACAAAGCUAAAAUCCCUGCUCCUACCGAUCCUUUCCUGGGAUAAUGACCUCAGCCAUGUAGAGAGGCAGAGUAACUGACUCCAGAGGCUCUGCAUUCUACCUCAUAGUGGCGGUGUUACUGGCUGCAGGUCAGCCUCUUCAUCAGUCACCAUCAUCAAGGCCCCGUCUGAGCCUGGAUUACAACCAGAAGGCCCCACAUGAAAUCCACAACUCACAAAACGGUAUAUGAAAAUGAGUCCGGUCUGGUCUCACUGACAGUAAGUGAAUAUUUGAAGGAGGACAUUUGAGCUGCUUAGAGAGACAAAGAGAAGGAGGGAGGACUGUGGGUAAUAAAGGCAGAGAGAUGGAAUCUGUUUUAGAGGCAGAAGAAGCGGAUGUUUCCCUGCAGCUGAACCCUGAUGACUAUCUGGAACACGAACCAUGACGAUAAUCUAAACAAUAGCCCUGUAAUGCCUCCAUACUUGUACACACGGCUGCCUGUUUUAAUGGGGAUGUGUGGGCGAGCAUGAGAGAAGAAGACAAAAGAAAAUAUGAACUCCAAUUAUUCUUUUUGCAUAUUGCAGUUUCCUUCAGUUAUAAUAGAAAAUAACAAUUUAGAUUCACACAAAGACGAAUGUCAUAUAAUUGGCAGUUGUUUUCUCUUCAUUAUCUGUGCUGCACAGUCAGAACACUAACAACAAACCUAAUCUGAAAACGAAAUACUGGCCUGAAAAACCCAAAGAUAAUGCACAAGUUAUUCAAUUAAUGCCAUCUGUCAAAGCUCUGUUGAUACAGUUUGAUAAAGAGAGACGAGGCAAUGAACUGUCUGGGAUUUCUCUUCAUGCUUCUUUGCUGGCUUAUGAAUGAAGAAAUAAACUUUUCCCAAGGAAA